AUGUCUGAUCCACACGACGAACUUUGUCCACCAAAUCAAGAAGACGAUGAACUAACCUUGCCGCGCGCGAGUAUCAACAAAAUAAUCAAAGAACUGGUUCCCUCAAUCCGAGUGGCAAAUGAAAGUCGUGAGCUAAUAUUGAAUUGCUGCACCGAGUUCAUUCAUUUAAUCAGUUCGGAAGCGAAUGAAGUGUGCAAUCAGCGGAACAAGAAAACCAUAAAUGCCGAGCACGUAUUGGAGGCCCUCGAUAGGCUCGGUUUUAAAGAUUACAAACAAGAAGCGGAGGCAGUUUUGAACGAUUGCAAGCAAGUGGCCGCCAAACGUAGACGACAAAGUACGCGGCUGGAGAAUUUAGGCAUCCCCGAGGAGGAGCUGUUACGACAGCAGCAGGAAUUGUUUGCUAGGGCCCGGGAGGAACAGGCAGCUGCUGAACAGCAACAGUGGUACAGCGUCCAGACGGCAACACUGCAAAAUGCUGAGCUGUUCCAGAAACAAAUGUCACAAGACGAGGACGACAGUGAUGAAUAUUAA